AUGCCUCCGCGACUUCCAUUGAGGCCAAUUGCCGGCCGUGCGGCGUCGUCGCUGUCCCUGGCAAAGCAAACGAAUGCUUCCUCGCGCGCUGCAACCUGCUUGUUUUGCUCGCUGUCGACAGCUCCGGCUCCCUCGCGAUCCACCACCGCCAGCCGGGCGCACGCCGCCGCCGCCGCCGCCGCCAGAAAGGCAUUGAGACAACGUCGAUUCCAAUCCACCGACUCGGCACCGCUCGAGGAUGCAACACCCGAGAACCCCCGCGCCGAGCUCGUCGACACGCUGCUGGAGCUGCAGAAGCAUGCCGUCAACCAUGUCAACCUCUCCCGCCUGCAGCUCGCACUCCAGGGCUUACGGCAGGAGCCCGGCCAGGAGGCGAUUCGCGUCGCCAUCCUUGCGCUCGCCAACGUCGCGGAACCGGGCAAGGCCGCGAAGGACCUGCUGAGGCUCAUCCUCGCGGAUCCGCUGAGCGACGAGGCGGAGUGGGAAAGGGAGCUGGCGCAGCACAACCCCGCGCACCCGCUGGUUGUGCGGAUCGGACAAGAGCACGGCAGGGCGGGAGAGGAUGCCGCGCCGAAGGUGACGAUAUCCAAGACGAACCUGCUGCACGAGCUGGACGUGUCUUCGCCGGCCCUCAAUGGGCAUGGUAUUGAGCUGUUGCUGAUGGAGGUGAACCCUUUCACCGCAGCGCCGAGCGAGGCGACGCAGGUGCAGGACAUUGAGGAGUCCGUUCUGGUGCCUACGGUGGACAUCCCAUCAAACACGGGGCGGUACACGCCGAUCACGACGCCGGUGCACAAGGCUUUGGUUGUUUCCGAGGGGGUCAUGGGCGCGGCGUCAGUGGCAUCGCUGCCGCUGGUUGAGUAUCGCGACACGGUACUCGCGGCUGUGGAUCUGCCGGAGUAUCCCGUUGAAAAGGAUGCGCAGGUGCCGUUCCAGCCGGUCGAUGUUUUGGUGGGCGUCAAGGGGCUUGAGCUCAUCCGCCAAAACAUCGGCAACGCGAUGGAGUACGAGCGCUCUUGGUACAAGAGCAACGUGCCUGCUGUUAUCCAGUGGCUAAAGUCUGGCGUACAAAACGACGAGGGCCAGAUCACCAAACCGGCCGUGCGCCUGCUCAUCGCCUCUCUGCUGCGCAACACGUUGGCGGAGAUUGAAGCCGAGGAGACGCGCUUGCUGUCCGGACGCCUGUCGACAGAGGCCGCAUCUUCUGGCCUCGCUGUCAUGAACGAGAGGCUGGCUCAGUGGUCGCAGUUCGCGCACGAGGAGCUGCAGCAACAGCUCGAUCUCGCGUUCGCAGGAAAGAGAUGGCGCAAGCUGGGAUGGUGGAAGCUGUUCUGGAGAGUCGACGAUGUGGGCGCGCUUACGACGGACAUGCUCAACCAGCGCUUCCUCCCGGGUGCCGAGAGGGAACUCAUUUACCUCGCCGGCCGUGUUGCCGAGUCCGGUGUCGCCAAUGCCAUUGAGCCGCCGGCGUACUCUCAACCGACGUCGGAGCUGCAAAAGUCGCUGCCGGAAUCAAGCACAAUCGCCAAAGCUGUAACGCAGAAGCCAAAGUGGCCGACGCACAUCUCCUUUACACGUCGCUACCUACAUGAAGAAACCGUUCCCGCCCUGCAAGCCCUUGCGCAGAAACUCGUUCUCCAGGCCUCCAGCACCUCCGCCCUGACUAGUGCGCUGGCGGGCCUGCUGUACGUCUCACAGUACGCCUCCUCGGUCUACGAAGCAGGCGCCGUCGCGGCCCUCGGUAUCAUGUGGAGCUUGCGCAGGCUGCAGACGAAGUGGGAGACGGCGCGGUCCUACUGGGAGGGUGAGGUGCGGGAGGAAGGCCGCAAGGCGGUUAGGGGUGUCGAGCAGAGCGUUGCUGAUGCGCUGGACGGUUCGCGCGAGGGAGCCCCCAUCGAAGGCGCGGAGGAGCUGCGCAAGGCUAAGGAGCUUGUGGAGAAGGCCGAGGACGCACUGAAGCGCUUAAAGUAA